CCCGCGGCAGCCGGAGGGCUCGGGCUGACCGGGGCGCCCUUUGCUCCGAUGGGUUCGGCUGCUGCCCGCUGCCCGCUGCCCUUCCUCAGCCGGGAUGGGCAACUGCGUGAAGGCUCCGCUGAGAAGCCUCUCGCGGAAGAUCCACCAGGAGGAGAAGGCCUGCUAUAAGGCGGUCCCGCUGAGUGAGGAGGGGCCGUCGGCCGGUGAGGGCCAGGGCUCCCUCAUGGUGCUGGCCCAGAACUGCGCGGUGAUGCACAACCUCCUCGGCCCGGCCUGCAUCUUCCUGAGGAAGGGAUUCGCGGAAAACAGGCAGCCGGACAGAGAGCUGCGUCCAGAAGAAAUUGAUGAGCUGAGAGAAGCCUUCAAAGAGUUUGACCGAGACCGAGACGGCUACAUCAACUGCCGAGACCUGGGCAACUGCAUGCGGACCAUGGGCUACAUGCCCACCGAGAUGGAGCUGAUCGAACUGUCGCAGCAGAUCAACAUGAACUUGGGCGGCCAUGUAGACUUUGAUGACUUCGUGGAACUGAUGGGGCCCAAGCUGCUGGCGGAGACAGCUGACAUGAUUGGGGUCAAGGAGCUGCGGGAUGCCUUCAGGGAGUUUGACACCAACGGAGAUGGAGAAAUCAGCACCAACGAACUGCGAGAAGCUAUGAGGAAGCUCCUCGGGCAGCAAGUGGGACACCGAGACAUAGAGGACAUCAUACGGGAUGUUGACCUGAAUGGAGAUGGGCGAGUGGACUUUGAAGAGUUUGUCAGGAUGAUGUCUCGCUGAAGGCAGCUCUUGAGCUGAGCGGUGACCCAGCCCUGGAGGGUAGAAAAGGGCCACGCGUGGCGCGCCAUGCUCUGAGCUCCUAUGCAAUGCCGGCUGCCCCAUCGACGGUGUGCCGCAGUGACCUGCCUCACUCCUCCACCUGGCCUGAUGCUCCUUCCCACUCCACACUGUGAAUGAUUCGCGGUCUCCUGCAUUCGAAGCGCUGCCAGGAGAGGUGACCUCAAGCAGGUG